UCUGCCCCGGUGCAAGGCCGGCUCAGGGAAGGAAACGGAAGACCGGAGUUUACAAAAGGGUCACUUAAGUUUUCUCUGGAGUCAGUAUUCAGGAUAUUUGCCAAGACCCAGGAGACUCGGCGCGCCCCCUGCGAGGCGGUCGGCGUCUCGGAGGCAGCGGCGUGGGAUGCCCUGCGCCGGCCUCCAGGCCUGUGCAUGGCCCCGAUGAAGAGGAAGUGCAUCUGCGACCUGUGCUCCUGCGGGCGGCAUCACUGUCCACACCUCCCUACCAAGAUAUAUGAUAAAACAGAGAAACCAUGUCUUUUCUCCGAAUAUACCAAGAACUACCCUCUCUAUCGCUCUUACCUGCCCAGAGAGUCCUUCAAGCCCAAGCUGGAGUACCAGAAAGCGUCCGCGCCAAUGGAAGGCCUGACCACAUUUAGGAGAGAUUUUGGGCCUCACAGGGUGUUACCGGUGAAGAUCCACCAGCCCGACCCGUUUGUCCCAAGCCAAGAGGAUAUGGAUCUGCUCACGACGUAUAAACAAGAUUACAACCCGUACCCUGUCAGUCGAGUGGACCCCAUCAAACCUCAGGACAGUAAAUACCCACGCGGGGGCAAGAUGGAGUGUCUGCCUACUUACAAAGCUGAUUAUUUACCCUGGAACCAACCAAGACGAGAACUGCUUCGUGUGCCACACAGCUACCGGCCAGCGUCAACCAAGUUUGAUAGCCGAACCACACACCAGGAUGACUACUCCAUGAAGGGCCUGGUGAACACCAAGAGCUGUAAGCCUCCGGCCGCACUCAGGCUCUGUAACAUCCCCCUGGAGGAUCUGACAGACUACAAGAUGAGCUACGUGGCCCACCCCAUGGAGAAACGCUAUGUGUAUGAGCCGGAGAAGUUCAAGCCCUGUGAAAUCCCCUUUGAAAGCCUUACCACUCACAACGAGUCAUACCGGGGCCUGAUGGGGGAGCCAGCCAAGAGCUUGAAACCUCCAGCCAGGCCUAGUGUGCUAGACACGCCGUUCUCUAACACCAGCGAAUUUCGAGAUAAGUACCAAGCUUGGCCAACGCCCCGGAUGUUCUCCAAAGCUCCCGCCACCUAUGUCGCUCCUGAAGAAAAGAUGGACCUUCUGACAACAGUGCAGGCCCACUACACGUACCCUAAGGGUGCCCCAGCUCAGUCCUGCCGACCGGUGCUCUCGGUCAAGAAGGGUGGCCGCUUUGAAAGUUCCACCACGACCAAAGAGGACUUUAAGCAGUGGGUCGGCGUGCAGACCAAGCCAAUCAAGCCCGUCUCGCAGCUGAAACGUCCCACCGAGCCCUUGGACCACCUGACCACCACACGAGCCCACUAUGUGCCCUGCCCUCCCGUCACUACCAAAAGCUGUAAGCCCGCCUGGUCUGGCCUCCGACGGAAUAUCCCUGUGGAGGGCCAGACCACAUAUACCAUCAGCUUUACUCCUAAGAAAAUGAGCAGGUGCCUGGCUUCAUACCCUGAGCCUCCCGGCUACAUCUUUGAGAAAACAGAUGCUUUGGGGCACAGAAUAUACAGGCCAGUUUCCCAGACAGGCUCUCGGCCGAGCAGCCGUCUUUCUGUAGGUGAUUCAGAAAAUCCUAACCAGCAGGAGUUGACAGUGUCAGCUUGAUUUUGAAAGAUUGUAAUUUAGAAAUUGCAGACUACUUUUAAAAGCAGAUGAUUGAGUUAUUCGUUGGACAAAAAAAAAAAAAAAAAAAAGAAUUCCCCAAAACGAAAAAAAAGAAAUCUUCACCAUCGUUUCCAGCACACUUGAAUAAAAUGAGAAUCACUUGACUCAAGGAAAAUGACAUUUAAUCACUGGGUAAUUAGUCCC